AUGGCCGAUAACUACAACGCGCGCACAACUUCCUUCGCGUUCAACGACGGCCCUUCAUCUUCGAAUGGGAAUGGGGGAGACCAGUAUUUCCACUCCUCUUCCACCCCCGCAGACACCAAUAGCAGCGGCUCCUCCGCGAACUCUUUCGCAAACGCUGGUAACAACUCUAGCUCUAGCUUCUCUACUGCUGGAAGCGGCGGCAGCGGGGGAGGAGGAUCAGGAGGAAAAGAGGAGGCAUUCCACUUCGACGUCAUGAGCUGGUACCCGAAAUACCAAUCGUGCCAGCGGUACUUUCUUGAAGUUGCGCAGCACAGUUACCCCUGCCAGGCCCUCGCGGCGUUCAUAAAUAUCAAGCUUCCCUUUCAGCGGACUCCCGUGAUGCAGGGCGCCGUGCCAAUCCAACCACACAUGCCGUCGUCGUCGCGGCCGCCGCAGUACCGUAACACGGGCGGCUUUCCGAUCCACCCGACGAUUUCACAGUUUGGGUGGGUGUCGUUGCACCCGUAUAUGCGCCGGCUGGUCGCGACGGGCUUCGACGUCGCUGCGAUCCUGCAUGGGUGGUUUGGCGACGAUUGGGAGGACGGUGUGGGGCCAUUACAUGAGCAAGAGAGGAGAAACUACAUGUUCGCGGCAAAGAGCGGCGGGUGGAAGAGCGUGAAGAAGCAGUACGAUGAGGUCAUUGAUGAGGCCGUGCCGUAUCUGAUCCCUCUGAGUAAGGUGCAGAAUGCGGAGAUUGAGGGCGCAGAGAGUCUCUGGAGUAGGUGGUUGGCGAUGGAGGAUUGGAUGCUUGGUGCGAGAGCGCCGGCAGGAGAUAUGGGGGAUGAGCAUUAA